AAGAAGAAGAACAAGCAGCAGCAGAAGAAGAAGAAGAGGAAGGCGGACGUGUCGGUGUGUCGCUCCAGGCUCGGUCCUGUUUCCGGAGCUGCUUACCAUCCGAACCUGCAGCUGGGUUUGGUUCCGGUCGGAGAUGCGGGUCUGUGCGGGUCUGAGCGGGUCUCUGGGCCUGGUCCUGGUCCUGGUUCUGGUUCCCGGUCAGUGGGCCUGGGAGGCGGACCUGGAGCUCCUGGACCUGGUGGAGGAGAUCCCGCAGAACUUCUACCAGUUCCUCAGCCUGGAGCAGGACGCGGCGGCGGCAGACAUUAAGAAGGCGUACCGGCGGCUGUCUCUGACGCUGCAUCCUGACAAGAACAAGGACCCCAACGCUGAGACCCAGUUCAGACAGCUGGUGGCCAUCUAUGAGGUUCUGAAAGACGAGGAGCGGCGGCGCAGGUACGACGACAUCCUGCUGAACGGCCUGCCGGACUGGAGGCAGCCCGUCUUCUACUACCGCCGCGUGAGGAAGAUGAGCAACGCUGAGCUGGGCUUCCUGCUCUUCCUCAUCCUCACCGUGGGACACUACGCCAUCAUCUGGUCCAUCUACCUGGAGAAACAGCUGGAUGAGCUGCUGGGGCGCAAGAAAAAGGAGAAGAAGAAGAAGAUGAGCUCCAGACCCGCCGAGGAGCUCAGAGGUAUCGGACUGGACCGCGUUGAAAGGAACCAGGAGCGACCGCACUGGCAGGACAUCCUUCCUCUGAAACUCAGCAUCUGGAUCUACCUGUCGGUGAAGAACCUUCCCCAAACCGUCCAGGAGGUGAAGCAGUACUAUGAGGACUAUCAGCAAAUGAAGACGGAACAGGAGGCUGAAGCUGAACAGGAAGUUGCUCCAAGAGAGAAACGACCAAAAGUCAAGAAGCCCAAAGUGGAAUUUCCAGUUUAUGUACCUUCAGAGAACCAGAACCACCAGAACUAUGACCAGACCACAUCCAUUGAGGACAUUGAAGACCAAAUGGACGACUGGCUGCAGGACCUGAAAGGUCCCAAGAAGAAGGUGUCAGAAUGGACAGAAGACGACUUCAGCCUCCUUAGCAGGUUGAUGGUCAAAUUCCCUGGAGGAACUCCAGGCCGAUGGGAGAAGAUCGCUCAGGAGCUUGGACGAUCCGUGUCUGCUGUGACGGCUAAAGUCAAAGAGUUGAAGGACAACGUGAACCCAACCUCAGGUCACGUCAGACUCUCAGAGCUUAAGGCCCCGCCCCUGCCUGUGAGGUCACUACCUUUACCUGAUAGCAUGAAGACUCAGCGCGAGGGCGGGGCUACUGAGGAGGAGGAGCAGGAGGAAGGGGUUCCGGCGGUCCGAAGGAGGAGCAGGAAGAGUCCCUCUGCAGUCAGCGGGGAAGCGAAGUUUCGGGGACGGCGCCAGAAGGACUUUGACCCGACUGCGAUGGAAGAGGAGGAGGAGGCGGAGCUUCAGGGGAACCAGGAGAAGGUGAACACUGCGGUUUGGACUCAGAACCAACAGAAGCUGCUGGAACUGGCCCUGCAGCAGUUCCCCAGAGGAACCCCGGAGCGCUGGGACCGGAUCGCCAAGGUGGUACCAGGAAAGACCAAGGAGGACUGUAUGAGCCGGUACAAGAUGCUGGCAGAACUGGUGAAGAAGAGGAAGCAGGUGAAGAGCUGAGGGGCUCUGGCUCCGCCUCCUUCUGCCUCCUGCCAGAUGAUUGGCCUGAAGGUUCCUGCUCACCUGCUCAGGUGUGUCUGGACCUGCAGGUCAGCUGACCUCUGUGCCUUACCUGCCAAUCACAGCUCAGUAUUUAUUGUUUCUAAACACACAAAGAAAAAAACUGUUUUUAUUUGUUUUCAAAUAAACAUCUAAACCUCA